AUGCCUCCCAAGUCCUCCCCCGGCCUCCUACCUCCCAUGUCCAAGCCUCCAUCCAAGUACCCAUGCCUCCCGGUCCCCUGCCUCCAAGCCUCCAGGCCUCCAUGCAUGCCUCCAAUGUCCUCCAAGCCUCCAAGUCCCCAUGCCUCCAAGGCCUCCAUGUCCCCAUGUCCAAGCCUCCCAAGGCCUCCAGGCCUCCAAGCCUCCAUGUCCCCAUGCCUCCAAGCCUCCAUGUCCCAUGCCUCCAUGCCUCCAAGGUCUCCAUGCCUCUUCCCCUCCUCCAAGGCCUCCAAGGCCUCCAUGCCUCCAAGCCUCCAGGCCUCCAUGUCCCCAUGCCUCAAGUCUCCAGGCCUCUGGCCAAUGCUCUCCAAGCCCCCAUGCCUCCAGGCUCUCUGGCCUCCAUGUCUCAGCAUGCCUCCAGGCCUGCCUCCAAGCCUCCAUGUCUCCUAUGCCUCCAGGCCUCCAGGUCUCAUGCCUCCAGGUCUUUCCCAAGCCUCCAAGCCUCAAGUUCCCAUGCCUCCAGUCCUCCAUGCCUCCCGUGUCCUCCAGGCCUCCAUGUCCCCAUGCCUCCAGGCCUCCGUGUCCCCAUGCCUCCAGGUCUCCAUGUCUCCCAUGCCUCCAGGCCUCCCAGGCCUCCAGGUCUCCAGGCCUCCUCCCAUGCCUGCAGGCUCAGGCCUCCGUCACCAUGCCUCCCGGUCUCCCGGCCUCCACCGGCAAGUUCCAGGUCUCCAGUCCCGUGCCUCCAGGUCUCUCUGCCUCCAGGCCUCCAGGCCUCCUGCCUACAAGUCUCCAAGGGGUGCCCAUGCCUCCAGGCCUCCAAGCCUCUCCAAGUCCCCAUGCCUCUCCAAGCCUCCCGGGUCCCCAUGCCUCCAGGCCUCCCAGUCCCCUCUCAGGCCUCCAUGGCCUCCAUGGCCUCCAGUGUCCCCAUGCCUCCAAGCCUCCAUGUUCGCGUCUGCCUCCAGGCCUCCAUGUCUCCAUGCCUCCUAUGUCUCCAAGCCUCCGUCCUCCAUGCCUCAGGGCCUCAGUGUACCCGUGGCCUCCAGGCCUCCAAGUGGGUCCACCAAGCCUCCAUGCCUCCAGGCCUCCGGUCCAAGUAUCCACGUGCCUCCGGUCUCCCCAAGCCUCCAUGUCCCUGUGCCUCCGGCCUCCAAGCCUCCAGGCCUGUACCUGUCUCCAUGCCGGCCUGGCGGUCUCCAGCCUCCGUGUCCAUGCCUUCCGGCCUCCAGCCUCCCAGCCUCCAUGUCUCCAUGCCUCCAGGCCUCCGCCUCCAUGCCUCCUGGCCUCCAAGCCUCCACGCCAUGCCUCCAGGCCUCCAAGUCCCCAUGCCUCCGUGCCUCCAAGGUCACCCAUGCCACCAAGCCUCCGGCCAUGUCCCCAUGCCUCCAAGCCUCCAGGUCCAUGCCAUGCCUCGGCCUCAGUGUCCCAUGGCUCCGUGCCUCCAAGUACCAAUGCCACCAUAGCCUCCAGUGGUCUCCGUGUGGCUCCAGGCUCCCAUGCCUCCAGGCCACCAGGUGUCUCAGUGCCUCAUGGGCCCAGGCCUCCAAGUGCCUCCAUGCCUCCAAGCCUCAGUGCAUGAUGGCUCCAGGCCUCCAUGUCCCAUGGCUCCAUGUCCAGGAUCUCCAUGCCUCCAGGCCUCCAGGCCACAGGUCUCCAGGCCUCCAGGCCUCCUCCAUGCCUGGGCAUCACCAGGCCUCCAAGUCCCAUGCCUCCCAGGCCUCCAGGGAUCCGUGCCCCAUGCCUCCAAGAUCUGUGGCUCCGGCUGGCCUCCAAGUGCCACAUCCAGGCCUCCAGGCCUCCAUGCUCUCCAUGCUCCAAGCCUCCCAGGGUGUCUCCAUGCCUCCAAGCCUCAUCCGGCCUCCCUGCCAUGCCUCCUCGGUGUCCAUGCCUCCAGGUCCCCUGGCCAAGCCUCCAAGCCUCCAUGUUCCCAUGGCCUCCGGCCUCCAUGCCUGCAAACAUCCGUCCGGCCUCCAAGCCUCUAAGCUUCCAUGUCCCUAUGCCUCCAAGCCUCCAUGUCCCCAUGCCUCCAAGUCUCCAUACCUUCAAGCCUCCAAGCCUCCAAGCAACCAAGUUUCCAAGCCUCCACGCCUCCAAGUCUCCAAGCUUCCAAGUCUACAUGCCUCCAAGCCUUCAAGCCUCAAAGUCUCCAAGCCUCCAUGUCCUAAUGCCUCCUAG